CGCGCGACGAGCAGCGGACAGCAGGACGGCGCAGAGCACAGAGUGGCGAGCGGGAGCCUGACGGCGCGCGCUCGCUCCGCUGCUCCGUUUAUCCCCGCCAAUCAGCACGCAAAAGGAGCCCGCUGGGCGCGAUGAGCGACGGUUUUAUCUUGCUUUUACCUUUUACCUUCCGCUUUUUGCUGUCGCGGAUUUUUACGCCUCUCCUUUUUUGGAUUAAUUUCUGCGCUUCAGACGGAAUUUGAGCUGUGGGACCGGCGGCGGUCGACGAGCGCAGAGAGAGCCCGGAGAUCAGAGAGAGAGAGGCGGCCGUCGGGGUUCCAGAGUUCCCCCCUCUACCCAAACAUCUGCCUUUAUGCCUUCGCUGAUGGAUUUUACCCCAAUUUAUUAGGGAGCAUGUGUGUGUGAAAGGGGUGCAAGGUGUGGGGUCAUCGGGUUUCUUUGCCACGCUCCUGCUGGAGCCCCUUUGCAACGGGACUGGAGAGACCAUUUAAUUGGCCCCUGCAGCUUCAACUUUGCAGCUUGCUGGCCCAGGCGUCAUGAGGAAGUUUGCCUACUGCAAGGUGGUUCUGGCCACAUCGCUUGUGUGGGUCAUGCUGGACAUGUUCAUCUUGCUGUACUUCAGCGAGUGCAACAAAUGUGACGAGAAGAAGGAGCGAGGCCUACCGGGGAGGGACGAGGUAGUACAGAAACCUCAUGAUGGUCCUGGUGAGAUGGGCAAGCCUGUGGUCAUCCCCAAGGAGAACCAGGAGAAGAUGAAGGAGAUGUUCAAAAUCAACCAGUUCAACCUCAUGGCCAGUGAGAUGAUUGCCCUCAACAGGUCCCUGCCAGAUGUGCGACUUGAGGGGUGCAAGAACAAGCUAUACCCGGACGAGCUGCCCCGUACCAGUGUCGUCAUCGUCUUCCACAAUGAGGCCUGGACCACCCUGCUGCGCACCGUCCACAGCGUCAUCGACCGCUCACCACGGCACCUGCUGGAGGAAGUCGUGCUUGUGGAUGAUGCCAGUGAAAGAGAUUUCCUGAAGCGGCCGCUGGAGCAGUACGUGCGACGGCUCGAGGUGCCAGUAAGGGUGGUACGCAUGGAACAGCGGUCUGGCCUGAUCCGUGCCCGUCUCAAGGGCGCCUCCGUCUCGACAGGACAGGUCAUCACCUUCCUGGAUGCCCACUGCGAAUGCACAGUGGGCUGGCUGGAACCCCUACUUGCCCGCAUCAAGCUGGACAGGAAGACUGUGGUAUGCCCCAUCAUCGACGUCAUCAGUGACGACACCUUUGAGUAUAUGGCUGGCUCUGACAUGACGUACGGUGGCUUCAACUGGAAACUGAACUUCCGGUGGUACCCCGUGCCCCAGAGGGAGAUGGACCGCCGGAAAGGGGACCGCACCCUGCCUGUCAGGACCCCCACCAUGGCCGGAGGGCUUUUCUCCAUCGACCGGGACUACUUCCAAGAGAUUGGCACCUAUGAUGCCGGUAUGGACAUCUGGGGAGGAGAGAAUUUGGAGAUCUCCUUCAGGAUCUGGCAGUGUGGAGGGACUCUGGAGAUAGUCACCUGCUCCCACGUGGGUCAUGUGUUCCGCAAGGCCACACCCUACACCUUCCCUGGGGGCACCGGCCAAAUCAUCAACAAGAAUAACCGACGCCUGGCCGAGGUGUGGAUGGACGAGUUUAAGAACUUUUUCUACAUUAUCUCUCCAGGUGUGACCAAGGUGGACUACGGGGAUAUCUCAUCACGGACGACGCUAAGGCAGAAGCUGCAGUGCAAACCCUUCUCCUGGUACCUGGAGAACGUGUACCCCGACUCGCAGAUCCCCCGGCACUACUACUCGCUGGGAGAGAUCCGCAAUGUGGAGACAAACCAGUGCCUGGACAACAUGGCCAGGAAGGAAAACGAAAAAGUCGGCAUCUUCAACUGCCAUGGCAUGGGCGGGAACCAGGUGUUCUCCUACACAGCCAACAAGGAGAUCCGCACGGAUGACCUGUGCCUGGACGUGUCCAAGCUCAACGGUCCAGUCAUGAUGCUCAAGUGCCAUCACCUGAAGGGGAACCAGCUGUGGGAGUAUGACCCUGUGAAGUUGACACUGGUCCAUGUGAACAGCAACCAGUGUCUGGACAAGGCCACUGAAGAUGACAGCCAGGUGCCCAGCAUCAGGGACUGCAAUGGGGCACGCUCGCAGCAGUGGCUCCUGCGCAACGUCACACUCCCCGAAAUGUUCUAGAGUGCCCCCUGGAGGGCGAGCCAGGCAACAUGAGAGAGAGAGAGAGAGAGAGCGAGAGAUGGCCACUGCACGGACUCCAACAGACACUCAAGUGCAGGGAAGAAAGAGCAAGCCCAGAAGUGGGAGAGGAUGGAGGAAGUGUUUCUUUUUUGGCUGGGCCAGUGCAGCAGCAGACUCCGCCUACCCCCUGUUCACACAGGGGAGGCAGGGAAUGGAGAGAGAGACUGGACCACUUAAGGAAGAAGAAUAAAAACAAAACUCAGUUCUUGUGCACUUGCCUAUUUUACGCGAGGCAGUCGUCUCCCAGUGCCGCCUGCAUAUCUAUUAUGUUUACCUGACUGCCUCUGUUCUGUUUGUGUGUGUGUCUGUAUGUGUGAGAGAGAGAGAAAGCGUGUGUGUCUCUUUUAGGAGGAGCGCUGAGGUUGUUUUUGUUGUGUUUUUUUGAUUGGAAAGAGCUGGUGAAGCUGUGCUAGGAAAGGGCUCACCCCUUUUUUUUUUUUUUUUUUUUUU